AACAGAUUAUGGUAAAAGAUUUCCAUCUAUUCUCGGACCGUAAGACCCGUCCCUAUCAACACCCGGUGCUCUUCAAAAACGUGUUUCACGCGUCGGGCGACGACUGGAAACGGUUGCGCACAAUAGUGAGCCCCACAUUCACGUCGGGCAAAAUGCGCAAAAUGUUUCCAAUGGUCAGGGAAUGUCUCGGCGAUUACCUAGACGUACUAGAGGUGUACGCCACCCAGGGUAGGGACCUUAACGUAAAAGACAUGUACCAAAAGUUGACCAUGAACGUAAUCGGACGGUGCGCUUUUGCCACCGAUGCCAACGCCCUGAAAGACACCCGGAGCACUUUUGUGCGCCACGCCCAGGGAAUGACCGAGUUUAAAUUUUGGAAAAUGUUGGGCCUGUUUGUGUUGCCCCUACCGGUGAAGAAACUGCUGGGCCUUAAGUUCGCCGGCAAUGAGGAGUCGAAUCAGUUUUUCCUGAAUCUGACGAAACAAAUUGUCGAACGCAGGAAACGUGAGGGCAAUACCGGCAAAGUGUACAACGAUUUCGUACAACUACUGGUCGACGCCGAGGCCAAGAGUGGCGCCGAUGGGGCGGCAGAGGGCGGCCCGGAUGAGCGCGAGGGCGACUCAGUCGAGGCCCAUCACGUGAACGAAGGCAAAGAAGAGCUGGAGGUGGAGAAGCGGACGUUUGCCGGCAAUUAUGGCAACAAAAAGCUGACAAUCGACGAAAUCUCAGCGCAGGGCUGGAUAUUCUUCAUCGCCGGCUCCGAGACGACCGCCUCGACUCUGGGCUACGCCUCCUACGAGUUGGCGCUCAGCCCCCACUUCCAGGACCGGCUGUACGACGAGGUGAACGCCGCCUUUGACGCGGACGGCGAGAUUGGUUACGACCAGUUGUCACGACUGCCAUUCCUGGACGCCGUGGUCACAGAAACGCUACGCCUGUACCCACCGGUGCUCCGCUUGGAUCGUAAGGCUAAGCAAGACUACCGGUUGGCCGACACCGGGAUUACCAUAUCCAAGGGACAGGACGUUGAGUUCCCCGUCUAUGCCAUACAUCACUCGGAGUUGUAUUAUGAAAAUGCCGACAGAUUUAACCCUGAUCGAUGGAUGCCCCAGAAUAGGCAUAAGUUAAUUCCGUAUACGUAUCUGCCGUUUGGCGCCGGCCCUCGCAAUUGCGUGGGUAUGAGGUUUGGCUUAAUGGAGGUUAAGCUGACUCUAAGCCAUAUUAUAAGGCGCUACCGGUUUGUGAGAUCUAAGCAAACGGCAGUUCCCCUGCAGUUCCCAACGGUGGCCAACCUUUGCGUAGCCAAGAGUGUUGUCGUAGGCAUUGAAAAGCGAUUUAAGUAG